AUGCUGGAGCAGGGCGACGAGGCCGGCUUCAAGAAGCUUGUGGAUUCGAUCGACAUAACGCCAGACAUCGCGUAUAGGCUCAUCGCUGAGCUCAAGAAAAAGAAUAUCGAGUUUAUAGUGGCACCCUACGAGGCAGACGCACAGCUGGCCUACCUCAAUCGCAGCGGCAUUGCAGAUUUCAUCAUCACUGAGGAUAGCGACCUCAUGGCCUUUGGCGCAAAGAGGAUGCUGUACAAGCUGGACUUUUCGACGAUGACUGGGAGCGAAUUGGAAGUGGACUCCAUCCCGCAGCAGAGGGAUGUAAACUUUAACUGGUUUACUCACUGCAUGUUCCUCACCACCUGCAUCCUCAGCGGUUGCGACUACCUCAACCAAAUCGCAGGCAUCGGCCUCAAGACAGCCCAGAAAUCGAUUGGCAGGGUGACUACUUUUCGGGGCUUCCUGGGGGAGAUUUCCAACAAAUCGCUGAUUCCCGCCGACUACGAGAUCAGCUUCAUGAAGGCGUUCCUGACCUUCCGGUUCCAGCGGGUCUACUGUCCGAAGCGCAAGGCCUGCGUGUAG